CCCCCCCCCCCCCCGGCCGCCUGCAGCGGAGCCUGUGCUGUGUGUGUGUGUGUGUGUGUGUGUGUGUGUGUGUGUGUGUGUGGUUUCUCUCUCCUCUGUAAGAACUCAGCCCGCCUGCCUGCUCCUGCUGUUGCUGCGGCUCUCACUUGCUUUUUGCUGCCUCUUCCCUCUCCUUUCUCUUCCUCCUUAGCUCCUUGUCUUUGAUACCACUCUCAAGGAUGGAGACUAAUUACCCUGAACAGCUCCCAGCAGAACAAUCACCACCUUCAGGAAAUAGUUCAUCACCAUCCAAUCAAAAUGACCUGGGGAAGCAAGACAGCCAGGAUUCUUCAGCAUCACCCCAAACACCAGAGCGAGAGGCAAGUGGCCACCCUGAGAAGGGAGCCCAUGAUAUCUCUGAAGAGUUGAAUCGGCAACUGGAAGAUAUCAUAAGCACAUAUGGGUCUGCUGCCAGUACUGCGGGGAAAGAGGGCCCAGCCACGGCCAAGGAGCAGCCUGGAAGUGUGGAAGCACCUGACCACGAGGACAGAGACUGUGAAGAAGUCCCUGAAGAGGCUGAAAGAGAACCCACUGCUUCUGGAGAGCCAUCCACAGUCCAAGAGCCUGUCAGCAAUAAAGAGCAAAAAUUGGAAAAGAAAAUACUGAAAGGAUUAGGCAAAGAAGCCAACCUACUGAUGCAAAAUCUGAACAAGCUGCAAACACCUGAAGAAAAGCUUGACUUUUUAUUCAAGAAGUAUGCUGAAUUGCUGGAUGAACAUCGCACUGAGCAAAAGAAGUUAAAACUCCUACAAAAGAAACAGGUACAAAUCCAGAAAGAAAAGGACCAGCUACAAAGCGAACACAGCAGAGCUAUCCUGGCUCGAAGCAAACUGGAGAGUCUGUGCCGAGAGCUGCAGAGACACAACAAGACCCUGAAGGAGGAAACCCUGCAGCGGGCACGUGAGGAAGAAGAGAAAAGGAAGGAGAUCACAAGUCACUUCCAGACGACUCUGACAGAUAUCCAGGCCCAGAUAGAGCAGCAGAGUGAGCGAAACAUGAAGCUCUGUCAGGAGAACACAGAACUCGCAGAAAAGCUGAAAAGCAUCAUUGAUCAGUAUGAGCUCAGAGAGGAGCAUCUGGACAAAAUAUUUAAACACAGAGAGCUCCAGCAGAAGCUGGUGGAUGCAAAACUUGAGCAAGCACAAGAAAUGAUGAAAGAAGCAGAGGAGCGACACAAUCGAGAAAAGGAAUAUUUGCUGAAUCAGGCGGCGGAGUGGAAACUUCAGGCUAAAGUGCUGAAGGAACAAGAGACAGCGCUGCAGGCUCAGCUUACACUCUACUCAGGAAGGUUUGAAGAGUUCCAGAGCACACUGACAAAAAGCAAUGAAGUGUUUGCUACUUUCAAACAGGAAAUGGAUAGAACAACUAAAAAGAUGAAGAAGCUGGAAAAGGACACAGCCACGUGGAAAGCCCGGUUUGAAAACUGUAACAAAGCGUUACUGGACAUGAUAGAAGAGAAAGCACUGCGGGCUAAGGAAUAUGAGUGCUUCGUGAUGAAAAUUGGAAGGCUGGAGAAGCUCUGCCGCGCGUUACAGGAAGAGAGAAACGAACUCUAUAAAAAAAUCAGAGAAGCAAAAACGCCUGAGAAGGAGGACCAAGGUCAGCAUGCGUCUGAUGAAGAGCCAGGGCCAGACAGCUCCGUGAGUACCGCGAUGGAUGCCGACGAGGUCAACCGAGUCCACAACGCCGCGAAGACUUCGGCCAGCGCCUUCCUGAUUCCCCACGCAGAGCCCGCCCUCGACCCAGGCGCCGGCCCCGGGGCGCAGGGCGGCCCCCAGCGGGGCGAGGCCGCCGCCAGCCUGCCGGGACCGGCCCCUCCGCCGGCCUGCGCCGCCGACCGUCCCCCGACCAAAUCGGAGGAAUCAGAGGACGGGCCGGGAGGCCGCAGUGCGCCGACCGCAGCUCAGGCGGACCCGCCGGCCCGAGAGCCAGCGCCAGAGGCAGAGGCGUCCGGCCCCGGCUGGCGGGCUCCCGCCCAGGCCGCCCCGCCAGUGCUUGGACCCCGGGGCUGCGCGCAUGCAGAGCCCUCCGGCCAGACGCUCCCAGCCCGGGGUGCUCAUGCGGAAGCCACAGGCCAGGCCCCCACUCAAACCCCUCUAUCUGGGGUUGAGGCCAAUGGCGCUGUCCUACCAGCCCUAACAAAGGAGGAUGUUCCAAGUGGGGUGCUUGGGAGUGAGUCCAGGAGCCCGCCACCGCCAGCAGCCUCAGAGGAGCUGCCCCCAGAGCCCUCAGCUAGGUUCCAGCUGCCCGAAAUGGCUGACACCAGCCUGGAAGGUGUAGAUUAAGCCUUCGAAGGCUUUCCUCUUUACUUUGCAGAUGGUCUCUGAAAGAGGCAUUAAGGAUAGGGACUAUGGGAGCGAGGAUUAAGACAUCUUUGAAUUUAUGCGACAUACGUUCAGCCUUUGCCCUUUGUUCUCAAUUUAUAAACUGAUAGGGAGCUUUUCUAACUUAAUACUAAUGAUAAUUUUCUCAAAUGACAACAAAACAUUCUAGUAGCAAAGCUUUUCGUUAUGAUGGUACUCAACUUUUUAAUAGUAAGAUUUGAUGUUUAAAAGACUUCUGCAACACAAAUACUGGCAAUGCACUGUUAUAUUGAUUUCCACAAAUAGUUUAAUAAGCUCUGUAUAACUGAUGGAUGCCAGGUUCCAUUUAAACAGUAUGUAGAAAUAAUAUGUACACAUGUGUUUAUAUAUGUGUGUAUAUAUAUAUAUAUAUAUAUAUAUAUAUACAGACAUGGAUAUGUGACUAUAUACAUGUAUAUGUACAUACACAUAUAUAUAAAUGUGUAUAUUACACCUAUUUCUCUCACCCCUUAUGGGUUUUCCCUAUGCAAAAUAUUUAGAUACUAAUCCAAAAAAUUGUCAUUUUUAUUUUUCACAUGGUAUACAGUAAACCAAUGCUCUUCAAAUCAGAAGUAGGUCCAAAACACAAGUAUUAGACCAUCAUUGUAUUGUACAAAAAUAAAUAACCCAAUAUUAAAUCAAUAAAUUCAACCAGUGACAGAUCUAAUGACAGUAAAUGCAACCCAUGAAUCAUUAAAACCAUUAUAUCCAUAAAUUCCAUCGGUGACUUGAUCUAAUGACAGAGUAGCAGAGUAUCAGACUGCAAAACUCCAGAGUGCAUGGACACAAGGGGAUCACAAGAGGCCCCAGUCAACUCUAAGUGGCGGCUGCUUCCAGCCUUUGUUCUGCACUCAGCAGCCAGUUACCUCACAGCCAGAUUCCCCAGAGGAAGGCAGCAACACUGGGGGGGGGGGGGGGGGGAGCUAGGGACUGAGUGUUGGGGAACCUCAGACUGAGCACAGUGUGUGCCCGGUCCGAUGUUUCUUGUGCUACUGAUGUAGCACAGACAAAGCCCUCACCUCUUCCUGUCUGUGAUCUGGUCUGUAUCCUGAAAGGAUGUACUCCUUCCUUUCAAAUGCCUUGCUUUGAAGGAGCAAAUUACACAUAACCCUCAUCCCAAUUAAUGCUAAAUAGAACAGAAAUCUACAUAGGUUCUCAAUAGGAGGCUUGCAAAACAACGUGCAGUUCUGCUUUGAGGAUUUUUCUAUAGCCCAGAAGUACAAAAUAAAAAACAGAUGGGUCCCUACUCUCAAAGUUGAAAAAUAAGUGAGGAUUCAAGAGAAAGCAAAAGGUAGAAACACUCCAGGGUGAAUAUUACACUGUUAUUGCUUGACAAGAACCUCAAAUAAGAUGACAGCAAAAAUUGGUCUACCUGGGGACAGGAAUACUGAAUCGAUGAAAUGGAAGACAAAAGCAGAAAGGUGAGGAGGGGGAUGGAAGACAGAAAAGAAGAAAAUGUCCAAUCAUAUGUUUAAAAGUUGCACUCAAGUAUAAAAAUGGAUAAAAGCAAGGUUCUGUGCUCCUCAUUCAGGAAAUCAUUCAUCAAUAUUGCAUGUGGCUGUUUGCCAAGGCGCACAAAGAGCUUGUAGGCGGCAGCCAUAUGUUUCCAGGAUUGUAAACUGCAUAAAAUUUGUUUGAAGUAGACAUUGAGGGUAAUAACAAAAAUGCUAGUCAAGGGGAAAAAUUAGGAAAAAGUAUGUCACUAUUUGAGAACCCAUGUGUUUUAAAGGUUUAAAAUAUUAUAACCACAGAGGUAUGCAGCUGAAUUCAACAUUACUGGAAAUUAAACAUUCAUUUAAUGUAGAGCUAAAUAUUCACUGUGUAACAGUUCAGGAGGGUCUCCUGUUUUCCCUCCAUGUGCAGAAGCUGAACUUCCAAGAAUGGAGUAAGAUUAGAUAAUCCUAGUAAAGUCCCAAUCUGAAUGUUUAGCCAAAGAAAGGCAGCAGAUAUGCCAAAAUCCGAUAAAUCAACUAUUUCAACAUCCAGAGUUCAUUAUUUCAACCAAAGGUCUUUCAUAGCAACGCACGACUGUAUGUAUCUUGGGAUGAAUUUCAGAAACAACAAUGUGCCUGAAAUUUAUAAAGCUUAAUGUAAGCUUUGGAAGAAUUAUUUUAAUAUUCAAAGAAUGUUCUGUUAUUAUCCUUUGUGUUAGAAUUUGGCAUUCCUAAUUAUAACAAAACUCAUAAGAUCUAAAAUUAGAACAAAUUUCUAUUUUGUUGUUAAGCUCAUAUGUAACUAUUUUUAGAGAUGAGAAACUACUUUCUAGGAACACUAAAUUUAAUAAUAUAAUUUAUGUCUCUAUUAAAAAGGCAUUUCUCUCCCCAAA